CUCUGCAGGCUGACUCCGGCGGCAGCGUCCCACCAGUCGGUCAAAAAGGCCCUUCCCUCCGGUCAUGGGCUGGUCUGCCGGGGAAUAAGCAAUAUAUCGAUGGGCCCGAAGUGGCGUCCGUUCAGCCCAGAAGCGCCCACCCCACAGGCCCACACCGUUCUGCCGGGACGAUCCGUGUACUCCGCGCCCCAGCCAAAUGGCGUGCCGCUCCCGCGAGCCCGCCGUCCGAUCCGUCUACCCAAAACACACACGCCUAUCCUACCCGCCGUACGCUCCAACCGAAACACGGCCGUCGCGUUCCCCGGCUCCCACCUCCGCCGCGGUUAGCCGCCUCGUUGGUUUGGGCGAAGACCGAGGAAUCCUCUCUUUUCUCUGUCUCUCGCUGCAGAUUCGGGAGGGAAGGAAUCGGGCGAACGCGCGAGACGAGAGGACAUCAUUUGCUAGAUGGCACGCACUAAGCAGACCGCUCGCAAGUCAACUGGAGUAAAGGCUCCUAGGAAGCAACUCGCGACAAAGGCAGCCCGUAAGUCUGCACCAACAACUGGAGGAGUCAAGAAGCCUCACCGUUACAUAUGCCCUUCAUCCAGUGAUCUCAUAUGUCCCCCCUCUAGUGAAAUCCUCAAAUAUCAGAAGAGCACUGAGUUGCUGAUAUGGAAGCUGCCAUUACAAGGGAUUGUUAGGGAGAUUGCUCAGGACUUCAAGACGGACCUGCGUUUCCAGAGCCAUGCUGUGCUUGCUCUGCAGGAGGCAGCAGAGGCCUAUCUGGUUGGUCUCUUCGAGGACACCAAUCUCUGUGCCAUCCAUGCUAAGCGUGUGACAAUCAUGCCCAAGGGCAUUCAGUUGGCAAGGAGGAUCCGUGGUGAGAGGGCCCAAUCUGUUCCGGUAGAUCUUAGUGUGUUUGUCUCGGCACAGUGUUUUGUGUUGAAAGUACUCUACUGAUCACGAUCAGUUUGACUCAGCUGUAGUGCUGUAGUAGCAUGUCGGGUGGUUCGUAUGUUAGGAACUGAUGUGGUUUUAAACUGAUGUCGGUGUCGUGAUGGAUGUGUGUCUAUCCUGGUCUAACUAUGGAUGUUAUCUCCUGAACUGUUGGUGAUUUAUUCUUCUAGUGCUUGCUAUUA